AUGUCCCACGUACUUCCACACGACAAAAAGCAACUUAGAGCAUGCCUCGUAUGUUCCCUUGUCAAGAAUGCUUCGCAAUUUCGAUCAUCGGGCUGUGAUAAUUGCGAGGAUGUACUGAGAAUGCGUAAAAACAUAGAUCGUGUAAUGGAAUGCACAAGCUCAAAGUUCGAGGGAAUGAUCACAAUGAUGAAUCCAAAAGAAAGUUGGGUGGCACGAUGGCAGCGUAUUGACACUUAUGUUGUCGGCCUUUAUGCUAUUCGAGUUUAUGGACGGAUACCUGAAGACGUCGAAGAUGUAUUGGAACGACGAGGAAUUGCGUACAGACCAAGAGAUGGCUCUGUAAAAGAAUAAGAGGAAUUUAAAGGUGCCUGGGUUAGCUUACUCUAUGUACAUGAUCCGAUACGCAUAUCAUCAACACAUACAUACACUUUAUUUUCUGUUCAUACUUCUUUCCAUCAUAUCCAAUCUCUCUCUCUCGCCCUCUUUAUCUCUCUUUAUCCUGGUCAACAAGCUAAACCCGGUACCAGACCUACACAACUACAUUGGAAGGUUCAUUUUAUGAGUGUGUAUGCUGUACACUCAAUAAACUUGAAAAUCAGCAUAUUGUAUUUU